AUGUCUCUGGCUCUUCUUCUAGAAGAGUAUGAUGUCUCUACAGAAGAAGGAUUGGCAAAGGCUCUUAGCGAAAUUGAAAAAGAGGAGGCUGAGGUAGAUGAAGCUCUCUCUAGUGCCCUCUUGCGAGCUUGUGAUCUUGAAGGUCGGCUUCGAACUGCAAGCCAGGCAUACUCCAGGCUCGGCGAAAUAAGAAAUGAUGCUCACUCCGCGUCGGAUAUGGUGGACAAGACGGCCGCCUUAGCAAAGGACGUCAGUGCUAAAGUGAGACAACUGGAUCUUGCAAGGUCUCGUGUUGCAGAGUGCCAGAGACGAGUACAUGAUCUGAUAGACCUUCAACUGUGCAGUGCAGGGGUGGAGGCUGCUAUAAAAGCACAUGAUUAUGAAACUGGCGCGGGCCACGUGGCGCGGUUCCUCAGCAUGGACCCUGGGUCAGUGGCGGCGGCCCGCGCCCGCGGAGCGCCCGACCCUCGCCACGCCAUGACUCGCGCCGCUGACACGCUGCGGGAACAUCUAGUGCGCAAGUUUGAAGAAGCGGCGCGCAAGGAUGACGCAGAAAAUGUGGAGCGGUUGUUCAAGCUGUUUCCUCAGAUCGGCCGCGCUGAAGAAGGCGUCGAUCUACUUGCCAAGUAUAUUGCUGCACAGGUGUCAGCAGGCUGCGCUCGAGUGUUAAGGGACCUGGAAAGAGCUCGGCCGCUGGAUCCCGGGAACCCUAAACGAGCCCCCGCAUCAGCCCUCGCUGCUGAACCUGUGUUAGUAGAGCUGGCUAAAGCUCAUAACACAAUCCUGCUGUACUUCGCCUUCUUAAGGAGGAAUGUGCAAAUGGACGGCGUGGAUGAGAAAACGAAACAAACAAAUCAGGAAGCGAUUGAGAAGAUCAUCGCUGAAAGCGGCCUCAUGAGAACCGCACAGGACUUGCUGGGGCACUACCUCAAACUGGAAAGGUACUUCCUGGAGGAGAAUGUGAACAAAGCUUUGAAGAUGGCCACUCCUCAGGCCGGCUCCACCACCUCCAACCUGGUCGACGACAUCUUCUUCAUCGCCAGGAAGUCCAUCAGGCGUAGUGUGACGACGGGCAGUGUAGAGGGAGUGUGCGCGGUAUUGAACGAGGCGGGGGCGCUGGUAGAGCGCGGGGCCGCGGCCCUGAGGCGGUGGCUGCGGCCGGCCCCGGAGCCGGUGCGGUGGCCGCUGCCGCCCAACGUGGCCCCCGCCCCCGCGCUGGCCCUCGCCGCGCCCGCCCUGCCGCGUCUUUAUAAGGACGCCGACGCACAACGGGAACUGUUCCUGGCGCACAUGAACGAAGCGGAAUCUGGGGCCGAGUGGUCCGAACGUUUAGCCGCCGAAGCGUGCGAGUGGGGCAGCAGUCUCUCCGGUGGUGAAGGGGCUCGAGAGAGGCUGAUAUCCUGUGCGGGGGGCCUAGCGGGGGCCGCGGGUGCUUACCGCGCCGCCCUGGAGCUGGCGCAGUCCGCCCUGCGCGCCGCCCUCGCCCCGCCCGCCCACGCCUGGGCCGCGCGCCUCGCUGCACCCGCCCGCGCCGACCCGCCCGAGGAACUUGAGGAAGACGCGGACGCCUUGCCUCAAGCAUUGGACGUGUUAGUGGAAGACUUGCGGGCCAGCCUGUCCCCGCGCUGUGCCGACCACGUGCUGACGGGCCUACUCAACGACCUCGCCGACACCACUGAAGCGAGGAUACUGCAGAACCAUUACGACAUGCCGGCGCCUGGCCGCGUGGGCGGGCAGCUCCGCCCCGGGGGCGCGAGAACGCAUCGCGCGACUGAAGCAGGGCGCCGCCCUCCUAGCGCUGGAGCGGCCGCACCACGCCGCGCCCGCGCUGCCGCCCGCACGCGCCCGGGACAUACUGGCGCGCAGGUGACUACACCCUCAUCCUGA